AGGUGCUGCAGGGCUUCCCAAGGGACAACGAGUGCGUGACGCAGCUGGUGUCUGAGAUCACCCACCUGGACAACCAGGUUGUCGACAGGAAAAUGCUCUUCAGCAGGCUCAUGGGCGCGACGACCUUCGUCAGGAUGGACCCCGCCUUCGUGCAGGCGCUGUGUCAUGGCGUGAAGAUCAAGGUGUACCCGGCCAGCACCCAGCUGCUCCGCCAGGGCGAGGCCUGCCUCCUGGGCCAGACCGGGUUCUUCCUGGUGCUGGGCGGCAAGGUGAACUUGCUGAGCGAGCACGGCACGGUGUUCCGCACCGCGCACGCGGGGGAGCUGCUCGGGGAGCUCGGCGCCUUCGGACUCAUGAGCAGCAGGAUCCACCGGCG